CGGUGUACCGUAUCUUGGCCGACAACGGCUCUCAAUUCUGACCAUAUAUUGCAUACUAAGGCCCCAGUAACAAAUAUGAACUUUUCUCGACAAAGUUGUCCAACUUGUCGCUCCGAAGUGUUCACUUUUCCUCUAGAGCUCGACCCGGCAUACGAAAAGCUUUAUGAAGAUUUGGUCCAAGGAAGCAGAUCUAAUACCAUCCCGGAGACAUUUGCUGAACAGCUGAUACUCGAACAUAGAGUUGAACAAAUGAGCUCUGAAAUUCGAAAAUACGACGACGCGAUUGCUCGGUUACAAAAGCAGCGCGCCCAGCUAGCAAAAGCCAUGACAUGCCAGAAAUCUCUCCUUUCUCCCAUCCGAAAACUGCCUUCAGAUGUUUUGAUACAUAUUUUCCACUUGGUAUCCGAAGAUUCUAUCCUUUUCACCGAAUCCCCAAACGAGAAAGCCUCGCGUACCUUCAUUGGUGCAAUUUUCUCAUUGACAUGGGUUUGUUCUGUCUGGCGAAAUCUUGCACUGUCACAACCUACCUUUUGGUCCUCCUUCAAGCUUCGACUGCAAAGCGUCGGCGAGAACUCUCGAAGCGUGAUUUUCAGGGAACUCGUUUUGUCGCGCAUAGGUCCAACAACACCUAUACAGAUCGUUAUUGACUUGAAUGACUCCCCUCGUCGGGUCCCAGCGACAUGGAAUAUUUUGUCACAGUUUGCCGGUAGAUUGAAGCACUUGAAGGUCAUGGUUCUAUACCCAGAACAUUUCGACAGCCUGUUGGAGAUGAUCACAGAUGGUUUUAAUGCAGGUCCCUGCUUUCACUGUCUCGAGCAUCUGGAAUUUUGGUUCCUGUAUAGUUCUAAUCGCAAAACGCGAUCGAACGAGACAUUUCAGUCAUUCAAACAUCCAUCUCUCAGGAACUGUCCGCGGCUGUACCACCUGAAGGUCCCAUUUCUUAACCUAGCCGAUUCCCUAGACUUGAGCAAUUUGACCUGUUUGCGGAUCACAUUCGAUUUCGGGGGCUCUUUGUCCACCUUGCUCCAGAAAUGCGCCACACUGGAAACUCUACAACUGGGAUGGUUCAAUGCACCGGACAACUUAUCGUCACGCUUUCCACCUCUUUGUCACACCUACCUUUCGACCUUGGAGAUUAAUAAUAUCGGCAGACAACGGGAUAACUCCUCUGCGUUCGAGAUGGUUUCCAUACCGAACCUCGCCGUAUUAGCAGUCAAGUGUCCCAUUUCUUGUGGACCUGGAAACCCUUUUAACGAGCUGAGAACCAUGUUGGUCCAAUCGAGAUGUACUCUACGUGAGGUCUUGUUCGAGGGAAUCCCUUCCUAUGUAGCAAAUGUGUUCCUUAAUAUUGUACGCAUCAGUGAGGAUGCAAAUAUCACUGAGAACAGUGGAAGGAUUGAAUGACGUUACAAUCAUAAAUGUACUACAUACAGUAGUGCAUACGGAAAUGCUUCUUCCCAGGUUCUUCCUUGUAAAUACUUAUGUCUAAUCAAUCAAGCUUACCAGAGCUUA